AUGGUUAUACCUCAAGAAAAAAAUAAGUUAAGUAAUAUUGGAUCUUUCCAUUCAGAACAUUACUCUGCACUACCAAAGUCAUCUCUAUCUUUUGGAAAUUAUAAAUCUUUACCUAAUGCCAAGGAAACUUUUUUUUUGGAUCAAAGAAAAACAAUUGAAUUAACAGAGCAUGAGAAAAAUUUUGUUCGUUCUUUAAGUUGCAAUAUGGGAGGUGGUGAUAGAUCUACUCUUCCUGGAAGUUCAAAAUUCAUACCUUCAUUAGGUGAGAGAAAUGGACAUUACCAUCAUCACGAUUUUCCAUCGUCUGGCGCUCAACAAUUUUACCAACAACAAAAUCAUCAAUCAUCCUUCCAUUCACCAACAACAUUGCCAGGAAGUAUUUUUUCUCCUGUUCCAACAUGUUAUUACAGUAAUGGAUGCAUGGGACCUUUGAUACCAGGAUAUCAUUUACCUUCAUAUCAUAGCAAUAAUGAACUUGGUGGUAUGAAAUACGGAAAUGUUUUAGAUACUAUUUUACCAUCUAAUACAAUUUCUUCUUCAGUUAUGGAUAUAUUAACACCACCACCAGAGAAGCAUAUUAUUGAUGAGGUUCCUACAAAUGGUGGAUCAUUGUAUAGACUUUCAAAACAGUGUAUGUCAUCAAAUAACAACAAUUCCAACAGUAGACAUUCAAAUGUUAACUCAAAACUAUUGGAAGAAUUUCGUAAUGGUAGAACACACAACUUAGAUUUAGUAGCUAUCAGAGAUGAUAUUUUUGCAUUUGCUACAGAUCAACAUGGAUCACGAUUUAUUCAACAAAAAUUUGAUUCUGCUACUUCAAAUGUUAGGAGUAUUGUUUUUGAAGCCAUUCUACCACACACAUAUAAUCUUAUGAAAGAUGUUUUUGGAAAUUAUAUUGUUCAAAAAUUUUUUGAAUCUGGGGAUAAACAUCAACGUAGCCAACUUCUUGAUAUGGUUAGAGGACAUCUUGUAGAAUUAUCCCUUGAUGUAUAUGGAUGUAGGGUUAUUCAGAAAGCUGUUGAAAAUGCUGAGGAAUGUGAUGUUCAGAUGAUUUUAAAUGAAUUAAGAGUUGGAAAUAAAAUUAUAAAAUGUAUGGUUGAUCAACAUGGUAAUCAUGUUAUUCAAAAAGUUUUUGAAAAUGUAAAACCAGAAUCUUUAAAUUUUAUUAUUGAUGCUGUUAGAUCUUGUGGUGAUGAUCUCCCAAUUGUUACUUUGGCAAAACAUAAUUAUGGUUGUAGAGUUCUUCAAAAGAUGCUUAAACAUCUUUUACAUCAUCAAAAAGAAUUUAUUAUUCAGGAACUUCAGUCUCAUCUUGAUGAAUUACUUACACAUCAAUAUGGUAAUUAUGUUAUUCAAGAAUUAUUCAACUCAUCCUCUACUGUGGUUAAACAUUAUAUUGUUAUUUUUAUAAAAGCGGAUUUAGAGAAAUAUUCUAUGGAUAAAUUCGCUUCAAAUGUAAUUGAAAAAUGUCUUACUCUUGGUGAUAAAGAACAGGUAAAAACCCUCGUUACAAAAAUUUUUGAAGUCCCAUUUGAAGAUUUACUCUAUCGAAUGAUUAGUGAUCAAUUUGGAAAUUAUGUUAUUCAAAAAAUGCUUGAUGUAUGUGAUGGUCAAAGUAGAAAAAAAUUGAUUGCUGCUAUUAAACCAAAACAAUCAUUUCUUAAAAAAGUGGCUUUUGGUAAGCAUAUUCUUGUAAAAUGUAAUGAUAAUCAACUUCAACCACUAAGUCCUCAAUCAUUUAAAAGUAAAGAGACAAAUUCUUAG